AUGACUAGUAUGGACGUGUUGUCUGAAUGCGUUAUUCACAAAAAACUCUCUUAUCUUAGUUUUCAAGAAUCAGCCAAGUUGAGCCUUGUCUCCAAAACAUGGCUACAAGCUUGGUUAACUCAUCCCAACUUGGAAUUCACCUUAUUGUCUUCAAAACAUGGCAACAAUAUUCAUGAUAGGAAAAUUGUGGAUCAAGUCAUGGAGAGAUAUAGGCAAACAAAAAUCCCUAUUGAAAAAUUUCAACUUUCAGUUACAAUUUUAUCUCUUCAUCGUCCUUUUGUUUUUCCUCAAAUGGAUAAGUGGCUCGGCAUUGCUCUUCAGAAUGGUGUAAAAGAUUUGUCGUGUGAGGUUUCUCUCCCUUCAUACCCUUUCCCUAUUUUCACAUUCUUGGCACCAAAAUCUUUAAGAGAAUUGGUUCUGUUGGGAUGUAAUCUCAUAUUGGAUCAUUCAUUGUCUAUUACUACUACUCAAGUGAUAAGCUGUCAUUCUUUGAGAAAGCUUUCUCUAACUGAGGUUGGAUUAGACGACAACAUGCUUCGAGCUCUGCUCAAUUGUUGUCCCUUGAUUGAUGAUUUUAUCAUUGAGCAUUGUCGUUUAUUGACAAAGAUUGAGCUGCGAAAUCUUCAAAAUAUCAAGUCAGUCUCUAUUAGUUGCUGCAAGAACCAGAGUGUUACAAUCCAGACACCGACUCUACAACACUUGUCUUAUUUUGGGUGUUUUCUGGAAGAUUCCCCUGUAUUGGAUAUUGUUGAAUGUCGAAAUCUAAAAUCUUUACAGCUAAUAGAUAUGAGGAUAUCUGAAGGAUUUCUCCAGUGCCUUAUUUCUACAUCUCAAUUCCUCGAGAGAUUGACAUUAGAUUACGUUUCUACAAGGCUGGAAAGGUUCAAAAUCUGCGGGAGUCCAUCCGUAAAGUUCUUGGCGAUUGAGAAUUGCAAGGGAUUACAGGAGAUUGAUGCUCCAAAUUUGGUAUCACUCGAGUAUGAUGAAGAUCAAAUUCCUGAGCUUAAAGUUGCAAAAAGGUGUCGCCAACUGAAGAAAUCACAAUUAUGUCUCGAUAGCUUGAAAAUUUUGAAUGCUGAAUGGUUUGGUGAAUUGAGGAAAUUUCUAUCAAAGUCGAGCUCUUGGUCUCUAGUUUCCCUUAAUUUUGAGGAAUGCAGUGAGAUCAACUUGAAAGAUUUGGUGCUGCACCAUACAGUUGCAACCCCCAAAGUGAACGAUUUAGUUGUACGUAUAGAAUCGUCUGACAAGUGCCCAACACUACUUGUGGAUGCUUUGCUAUGGAGUUGUCAUCCUAAGAAAAAUCAAGUAUUGAAAUGA